UUGCAGCCUUGGAGGUCGCCAUGACUACCGAGCCCGAGGACCCUGAGGCCGCCUUGGCUGCUGAGCCUGCGGUGCCGUCGCUUGUGGAUCGUUACUUUACUCGCUGGUACAAAGCGGAUGUCAAAGGAAAACCCUGUGAAGACCACUGUAUACUACAGCACUCUAACCGAAUAUGUGUCAUCACGUUGGCAGGAUCUCAUCCAGUUCUUCAAAGUGGAAAAACAAUUAAAAGCAUUUCUUAUCAAAUCAGUACCAACUGUAGCAGACUUCAGAACAAAGUCUCUGGGAAAUUUAAGCGGGGGGCACAGUUUCUCACAGAACUUGCACCUCUGUGUAAGAUUUACUGCUCAGAUGGAGAAGAAUAUACCAUAUCUAGCUGUGUUAGGGGACGGUUGAUGGAAGUGAAUGAAAACAUUCUCCAUAAACCAUCUAUUCUUCAAGAGAAGCCAUCUACCGAAGGCUACAUUGCAGUUGUGUUGCCCAAAUUUGAAGAAAGUAAAAGCAUAACAGAAGGGUUAUUGACACAAAAGGAGUAUGAAGAAGUUGUGGUGAAACGCCUCAAAGCCACAGCAGCUGCCUCAUGAGGGGCGAGGACUGAGACGGAGCGAAAGCAGCGCUGCCUCCUUGUCCUUACCUGGCCUACCAGUCCGUGCGCCAAGGGAGAACCGCGGGUGAGGCCGCCUUCCCACCCGGCCACCCGCAGCGAGGCCCCAUCUGAAAACCUGACCGAGUUUCCCGUCUUCAUCUUGCAUAACAAGCCUCGAUUCUGUCUUCUGCCUCCCAGAUCUGACUACCCAUGUACUCACUCACUCUGUUCUUCUCUUUGCUUUUCUCUAACAACUGGCAAGCAAGAGAUGUUUUCCUGGUUAAAAACCAACAAAGCAUUUUGAGGAAAAAUUUACUCAUCAUCCUGUAGCCCAUUAAUAACUACUAUGUUUUGACAUAAUUCUGUUUGAAUGUUACAGAUGGUAAUUGUUUUUGCCUCAGUUUUCCAUCAUGUUGAAGCUGAAAAACAACCGGCCUUUCUUCCCCAAUCUGCUUCAUUGUGACACCACCAAAACGCCUGGUCUCGCGUUGCCAAGAAGAGGCAAGGGUAUAGUUUGCCUUCUCUGUUUCUACAGGUUGGCCUUCAGCUCUGAACAAUGUAGCACUGGCUUCUUAAUGGGGGACACAUGAAAAGGCCUGAAAGGGGCUUUGCUAACAUGGAAGUAUUACCAUGUGGUGUUACGUAACAUUUAUUUGUGGUCACUCAAUCUCACACUUCAGUUACAGGAUAACCAGUGAAGAAGUUAUUAUAAUUCAAAGACACAGAUGCCUUUGAACAGAAAAAAAGCUUUCAUAUUUAAAGAAACAAAAAUCUAUGAAUUUAUGGUUUAAGAUUAGAUAUUUACAAUGAAUUUCAAAUAAAAGUGCUUUUUAAAUUUUUAUUUUUCCUUAAGGGCUGCAACAGAUACAAACAUACAAAUAUUUCUUUUUAAAUAAAAGUUAUCAUUGAUGUGUAAAUUCUUUUGGACUUCCUUCAUCUUUUGCUGUUCAAGUUGUAAGUUAUCCCUUUCCCACCCCUACUUGCACUCUGAACUGGACUUGAAACAAUGGACUGGUUCAAAACUGGGAAAGGAGUACCUCAAAAGGCUGUAUAUUGUCACUCUGCUUAUCUAACUUAUAUGCAGACUACAUCAUGAGAAACGCUGGGCUGGAUGAAACACAAGCUGGAAGCAAGAUUGCCAGGAGAAAUAUCAAUAACCUCAGAUAUGCAGAUGACACCACCGUUAU